CCAAUGACGUGGCUAUCGCGGCCAGUGUUCGCGAUAGCCGCGGAGCGGCGGUAUCGGAGCAGCGGCGCCGCGAGCGCCGCACUCAGGAUGCGUCCGUCGCGUCGACUGUGCCUGCUGGCCGCCGGGCUGGCGGUCGCUGGCGCCCUGUUCCUGCUGGCACCCGUGACACGUGACAGGGGCAAAACGAGGGUCCGACGCAAACUGCCCGAAGUUGUCGAAUUGGCUGCAACAGAGGUUGAAAAUAACACCCGAUAUGACGUACCUCCAGGGGUUGAGCCGUACCCGUGGCACUACUUUGAGAUGUCCAAGGGCCGUAAGAUGGUCAUUGAACCGGGGGCUGAGGAGACACGGCGUGGGCCCCGGCGCGGUCCGGAGCUGGACGAGCUAUCCGCCGUGUUCAACAUCUCGCUGGCCGAGCUGCAGCAGCGCACCGGCAACGCGAACUACUCGUCCGCGGACACGCUGGGUGGCCGGUACAGACUGCUGCCCGGCGCCGCCGUUCAGUACGAGCUCUACUUCGCGAGCCGUGGUGACUCACGCUCCGGGUUCCACACGGUACGCGUGACACGGCCGCUGCAGCCGCUGCGCGUGGAGUACUACGGCCUCGGCGGCCACGAGCUGGUGAACGUGCUGCUGCCCUACUACUCCCGGCUGGAGACGCUGCGCCAGUUCGUGGGUAGGUUCGCCGCGCUCGUGGAGGCCGGGGAGGAGGCCGUGCUGACAGUGAUCCGCUACACGGACGGCUUUCCGUCGAUGGACGCUGAGCAGCAGAGGAGGGACGCGGAGGGAGCCGCAGAGGUGGUGCGGCAGGCCAACAGUCGACUGGCGGCGCACGGGGCCGCGCCGCGAGUCCGCCUGAUCGAGAGGACCGGCACCUUCUCGCGGGGUCUGGCGCUGAUGGAGGGCGCACGCGCCUGGGACGGGGAGGAAGACGUGAUACUGUUCCUCUGUGACGUAGACAUGGUGUUUGGCAGCGAGUUCCUACAGCGGUGCCGGGCCAACACCGCCCCCGCGCGCCAGGCGUACUUCCCGAUCGUGUUCAGCACCUACAACCCUGCGAUCGUGUACAGUGUGCAGAACAAACCCGUGGUGCCGAUCCUCACCAGCUACGAGCAGGGCACAGUCAUCAACCAGGAGAUGGGUGCGUGGACGACGUUCGGCUUCGGCAUGAGCUGCCAGUACCGGUCCGACUUCCAGCGCCUCAGCGGCCAGUUCCUCAACAUCACCGGCUGGGGGCUGGAGGACGUGAAACUCUACCAGCGCUUCCAGAAGAGCGACGUGGAAAUUGUUCGCAUGACCGACCCGGACCUGGUGCACAUCUAUCACAAGAAGGAGUGCAACAAGCGGGAGGUCGGCAAACGCUUCAACUCGUGCCUGCGUUCCAAAGCCGUAAAGGAGUCUUCGCAACUCGGCUGGGGACUGUGGGUGUACAAAAAUGUUGGAGACACCGCAGACGUAGAGAACUUCCUGUUGCAAUAUUACAGCAACGGUUGACAGUACCUGUUGAUGCUAGGAAUCAAUAUAGGUUUUUCCGAUGUCUA